AGAGAAAAGCAGUUUGCGUGGGGCUUCUCCUUAAGAUUUGUACGUGUGCAAGAAAUACAUAAAAAAAAAGGAAGAUAGUAACAUGUGAGUUUGAAAUGACGGCAAAUAUUGGGUCUAUGGUGACGUCAUGCGUACCAAGGACUGAAAUUAAGAAAAAUACGAAAAGUUAAAGCUGUAGUCUUUAUGUGUUUACUAUUAUAUCACAGGUUUCCUACUACAAUUUGAAGCCAUAGCUUAUCUGUGAAAAGUGUUAUAACAGAACUUGCUAAUUUUAUCUUUGCUGUCCAUUGUUAGAAGGUAGUGUGAGUUGAGAUUUGUGGUUUUUUGGGAAGUGUUGAUAAAGGGACACUCACCAGUCCAACACAGUACUAGCCUACUGAGUACAAGGGAUGUGCAGGCCUGACAUGUCAAGUACAUAUGAUGAUAUUGAGGUGUGUGAACACCAAUGUGAUGAAUGCCGUGAUUUCACUCUGCCACUUCUGUGAGCUUCAUGGACCUAGUGUCCUUUUUGUGACUCAAGCAUUUCAUGAGCCAUAUGAUCCAUCAACAGAACCAGGUAUUCAGCAGCCCAAGACGUGUUAUGGCAAUGCAACAGGAAGGCGAACAACUUCAAGCAACACGGCAAUCUCUUGUGAGGCCUGCCAAUCAUUGGACCCUAAACAAAGAUUCUUGUGCAAUGAUCAUGAAGGACGAAUCAGUUACUUGAGCACACAGCAGGCUACUCAGCAUGAUGUGGCAGCACUUGUUCGCCAGGCUUGCAUCCGCAGCCUGAGUUGUGAGGUUAGUCCUGGGAAGGAGGGUCCUGUAUUCUUUGGUGAUGAAGUACGAGGCCAUGUUCUGAGUUACACGUUCUUUCUGAAAGAUGCACAAGCUCGGGGAUUUCAUCGCUGGUUCAGCGUCAUUAUUCUUAUGAGAGACAAAUUCUUUCUCCUCAACUCAUGGCCAUUCCUUGAAGAGAAUAUCCAGACCCUUGUCUCUGCUCUUCAGGCAAAAGCUACUGAAGUAUACGAACGUGAGCAAACAGAAUGCCCACAGCGUGCAUUGAGACUUACAGCAGCACACAGCAGUUCUGAUGGUAAGCAUCAGCAGCAGUAUACAUCACGAUCUCUAGCCGAAUUGACAGCUGAUAAAGAAGUGUUUCCUUGGCUUCAUCUUAAGUUUACAUGGUUGUUGAAAGCUGGAGCUGAUCGCCUUGUGGAGAAAAUAGUAGAAGGUUUACCAAUGCCAGACCUGGCUUUGGAUUUGUAUAGUCACCAAGAGACAGAGGAGGGCUUCACUCUUGUAACAGCAAAGCAGGUUCAUUUUCCAGUGGUAGAGCUUGAAGCCAGUGGAUCACAUGAUGCAAAUAUGGUUGCUCCACUGAUUCGUAAUGUACGCCACCUUCAUCAGAUUUUGGGUCCAGUGCCAUUCCUUUCACUGGCAUACUGUCUUAUGGUGGGGAGACAGUUAAUACUACGUGGGCAACCAUCUGGGCUUAUAGCCAGUAUAGCUAAUAGUCUUAAUGUACUGGUUCCUCGACCAUGUUACCGAGCAGCGCUGAAUUCAGAUCAGUAUCUGGAUGUGAGUCAGUGUAACAUACUGGGUGUUGAGCCACAAAUUGCUGUUCCUCAGCCCAGUCUAGAUAUUCUACGCCUUGACAUACUGCAACCGGAUGAUCAUGCUGACCACAGUGAUGUAAACAAGUACAUCUAUAAAAUUACAUGGGGUGACAAGCUUCCCAGCAAAUGUCCAACUAUACUACUAACAAUGCAGAAGGCCAUUGAGAAUACAAAACUGAAUGACAGUGCCAUGCAUUAUCACUUCAUAGCUUUGAAGGAAGAAUGGCUCGGCAUAGCAAAGAUGGUAUGGCGAGUGCAGCAAUGGAAUGCAGGACAACUACAGGAUUUGACUGCUUUGUUGCAAGCCAUGGGAGCUCAAGAACAUGAUAAAAGUUUGCUGGAAUUCUGGGGAACUAGUGCUAUAUAAAGCAUUUCAUAUAGUAACACUAAAAAUGUGCGUGUGUGGCAGGUAACUAGUCAGUGACAGGAUGUGGCAUUUUGGUACUGUAUAGUCUGGUAUGAAUAAUUGAAACAAGGCCAAAGUGGAAUGAGCAUGUAUAAACCUGUAUAGUUCUGUGAUAAAGUGGAUUGACAAUAAAAUACAGAAAAAGUGGCAAUGUCA